CAAUUCACAUUUGGGGAGAGAGCCCACCUUAGGCCUGACCCAAUGGGUGGCCUUCUCGACACGUCACCACCUGUGCUUGGCCAAUCAGAGGCGCUCAAAUUGACGUCAGGGCUAAAUUUAGUCCUCAUCCUGAAGGUCGCAGCCCGAAGUUUACCGACAACAGCAUUUUGGGGAGUGUGGAACGAGUGCAAAACUCAGUUGCCAAUGGAGCUGGGUCUGAGACGCACGUCGAGCAAAGGUGGUUCUCGCUGUAGCAUUCUCUGCUAACGGCGAAUCGCGCUGCCUUCGCCCGUUUGAACUCCGCCCGUCAAAUUCGGAUCGGGGAGGGGUGAACAACUUUGGCCUGGUCACCGACUCAAGUGAGUGGGUGUGUUUUAUGGGGGUGUCUGUGAUUUGCUCCCGAGCUUGUGGCCUGGCUAAACCCCAAACAGACGGGGGAUGAUGGGAGUGAUGGUGAUCGUUCACCUCAUUGCGGCGGUGUCCUUAUAGAAGCUCGAAGGGCAACAACACAGAGUAACCAUCAAGUUGGAGACUAAGAUCCCUGGGUUUUCAAACUCCGUCCCACGCACUAAUUUUCAAGACAGAACCAAGUACAAAAAAGACUGAAUAUUUGUGGGGGUUGGAACCUGAUGGGAGCAUACUGUAAUUAUUGCUCAGGAAAAAAGCCAAAACAAAGCCGUUGAUCUUAUCUGUGAUUCUCUUCUCUCUGCAAUACAUAUAAAGACCCUCCCGAAUUUCAUCCUGGGUCUCAUUGGACCACCAUGAAUUCACAGAACCAUGACGAGUUCUACGACCGAGCGGCAGCUGCGGGUAGGCCGCAGCCCUCACUCAACGUCCAUUUGAGCGUGCCACCUGGGGAUAGCAAUGCGAUGGCGGGGGAUGGAUCACACACGCCAAACACGCCAGAGAUCUUGAACUCCAUCUUGAGCUUGCAACAGGAUCUGAUCGCAGGAUACCAAGGGCCCUUGCCAAGCAUCGGGCAUGAGCCCUCGGGACCCUCUCACUUGCGUGAGAUGGAUACCAUUCCGAUGGUGCCUCCGCUUCAUGAUGGGACCUCCCUGUCCUCCAUGGUGAGCCAUCCAAGUCACUCGCAGGGGUUGAUGACCUCGGAUGGAGGUGUUACCAUGUCCGUCACUUCCGGAGCUCCGCCCAGUGUUCAACAUUUCCGGUCCCAAUUUAUCAAAGAAGGCUUGAAGAUUAAGGUGCAGCAGAAUUUGGGAGCGGGUCGAGGUCGACAUACCAGUGAGGAGAGUAUCGCAUCCACUAGCGUAUCAUCCCCCGCCAACCCGGCCACGCCCAAUUCAGAGGGCGUGGCUAUCAAGUCCGAAGAACUGACUGAAGAGGACGAAAUCCGGCGACAACGGCGAAGGGAAAGGAAUAAAGUGGCGGCCACCGAGAGUGAGGUUUUAGUGGAGCAAAAUCGACAUCUCAAAACGGAGAUCACCAAGCUUGAAGUGGAAAAGAAGCGCUUGAUGGACGUGUUGUCGCUGCAUCAACCGAGUUGUGCCAAGCGUCUUCGCUCUUCAGAGGCAGAUCCGGACCCGCACCUCUUGGGCGAUCUGGAGCAGGGCUCUCAUCACGCUCAACACCCACCCCUCUCCGUCCUUCCGGGCCAUUCCUCGGGGUAUCAGGGCUUUCAUGACGAUCAAAACGCGGCCAAUUCCGCGGCCUCCUUUGCUCAGAGUCAAAAUCCCGACGACGGGACCUCUCGAUAUUAUUCGGACGAUCGGGACAUGGGAUCGUUCCACUUUUCCACGGACAUCAAGACCGAGGACUCGGGGAGCCAGUUGGACAUGGCUUUCCUACAAGCCACGUGCGGGACCAACUAUUCUGCGACGAACCCGACCUCAACAUCCCCGUCGAGCGGGCCUUUUUUAGUUAAGCGCCAUGUUCCAAACCUCUACUUGGACAUGGAUAGCCGGUGCAUAGCUCUGUAAGAUGUGCCCCAACCAGGGAUGGGCAAAGUCAGAUAAUUUUUUACAUCUUGAAGAGGAGCUCAUGCAUCGGCCGAAACGCAUCCAUCCGAUUUGGUACAAAAGCUUAGGUGCCAUUACAAUUUUUAUCUUCUCCCUGGACUAAAUAUGUAUGGUUUAAAUGAUAGAAAUCGGUACCUGACGGGGUGGCAAAAAGCACAAAACUAAUAAUUCCCUUGAUUUUACCAUAACCCGUGAUCCAAGGAUCAACAUGACCCUUAUUUAUGUAUAUGCAACGCUACUCAAAUGAUCUUCAGGUGCUAAGACAUCAAUCGAAAUAUUAACAAAUAUUCUUUCUAUUUGCA